AUGGGUUCUGUGAAUGACCAGGUGACAGAGUGUCAGUCACAAGUGGUAUCAUUUUGGGAUCUCAUACGUGCUGAAAUAGACGGCUUAAAAGGCGACCAUGCAACAUUUAAGACUCAGGAUCUACCCUUGGCAAGAAUAAAGAAAAUAAUGAAACUGGAUGAUGAUAUUAAGUCUAUGAUGAUAAGUGCUGAAGUACCAAUACUGUUUGCUAAGGCUGCGGAACUAUUUAUUCGAGAGUUAACCUUAAGGGGUUGGGUUCACACGGAACGCAAUCGAAGACGCACACUUCAAAAGAGUGAUAUAGCCAUGGCAGUCAGUGAUGGAGAUACAGAUCAGUUUGAUUUCCUUAUUGAUAUUGUACCUCGUGAAGAAACUAGAGGGCAUCGUCGACCUAACCAGGUGACCUCUUCCUCAAGUACCAAUGGUAGUUCAUUGAAUGUUAAGCAAGAAAAUUCUGAGAAUAAGAACAAUUUCUUCACAAAUACAAAUGGUACGCAUUCAUUGUCUCUAGAACAUGGCUCAGGUCAAGUAGUUGUUUCGGGAUUGUCGAGUGGUGCUACCGGAGCUUCAUCACAACCCCAAACAGUGACUGUUGCUUUGGCAUCUGGAGCAGUCGCCGGAGCAAAUUCUGUUAAUUCAGCAAUCCCAUGUCAAACAAACCAACCCACAGCUGUUCACUUUACAACUGUCUCUUCUGGUGCUGGUUUAGGUGGUGCUCAGUCUUCAGCCAAUACCUCAUCAACAGUAAUAGCAGCUUCCGCUCCAAAUGCUAGUACAGUCAAUACUACGGCAGCUCCGUUGCAGUACGUUCUACAACUUCCAGUUGGUGGGGCUGGAGCAUCAGCUGGACAGCCUUUUCAAAUACAAGUCCUUCCUCAACAUUUUCUGACGGCCAACACGGAUGCUGUAUCUGCUGGUCAAGCUGGUGCUAUUCUCACUGAUGGUAGCACGUUCCCCUUAGUUCAAGUUGUCUCUCAACCUAACAUACUUCCAAUCCUUCAAGAAGCCGGUGGAACGAGAGCUCAAAUUUUGCAGAUUCAGGUUCCGGAACCAACCGCUGGUGUAAGUAACACAAGUGGGUGUUAG